AUGUGGUCCAGCGCACGUCACGACGGAACGCAGCAAUCGGUCCUGCUGGCAGUCGGUGCACUGACGGCCGUCUACGCCUCGUGGAAGCUCCUGAGUCUGCCUGUGCCAGUGCCGGAUCCAGGAAUGGAGACGCUCUUCCGACCGUCAUCGACACUGCCGAUCCUGGGCAACACGUUGGACGUGCUGCUCUUCAAUCGCUACCGCAUGAGCGACUGGAUCAACGACCAGACCGACGCAAGUGGAGGCAAACCGUGGCUCCUCCAGCUGCUCUUCCAACCUCCGUGGGUCGUGCUCUCCUUGCCGAACGACCUCCACGACGUCUUUGUCGACAAGUUUGACGUGUUCGAGAAGGGCGGAGCUCUCUCCAAGACAUUUCCUUCGACGUCCUGGGCAAUGGACUGCUCAAUGUGA